UCUGGGAGGAAAGAACGAAAAUCUCCACGUCAAAAACUUCAAAUGGCAGAUUCAGGUGAAAUGACAAGUCGUAAACAGAAAAUGUCAGUUACAAGUGGUUUACGUAACUCUAUUACAAGUGUAAUCUCAGAGCAACUGUCUGUAAACGAUGAAAUCUCGAGCAUUGAAUCAAGUCAGUUAUUAAGUGGACAACCGCUUAAUCAGUUUCGUUGGAUUGUACCUGCUAAAGGACAAGUUCGUUUAAGAAUUCGUUUUCGAUGUGAACAAGUUGGUCAAUAUGAUCAAAUAUUUAAUUUUGAAUUAUUAAAUACACGAAGAAUUUAUCAAUUAUACUGUCGUGGUGAAUGUACACUGCCAACGAUUAGUCGUGAACCAAGACUGAUUUAUGCUAAACGGAAGCGUACACUUAAUCAAGGUGAAAUUAUUCAUGGUACUUAUUUAAUGUCAACAUCAUGUUUUGAAUUUGGACCAUUGCUAAUUGAAAAGUCAAAAGAACGUAUUCAAGAGAAUUGUUAUCCAGAGAACAUAACCUAUUUCAAUCUAGUGAAUACAUCUCAAAUGGAUACAGAUAUUAAGCUAGGCUUUUUAUAUGAUAUUAAUGAAGAUUGUUAUAGUGUUCAACCGAAUCAAUUAAGUCUGCAACCGAAUCAAUCAUCUACUGUAAAAAUUUGUGCUUUUCCAAAAUUACAUAAACGUUAUAUUGAUGCACUGGUGUGUUCAAUCAAAGAUAAUCCAGAACCAAUUCAACUGAAGUUAGCUUGUGAUGGUGUUCUACCAGAAUUGGAGUUGGAUAAGAAGGCGUUUAAUUUUGAAAAAGUAUUAUUACAAAGAAAAGAAGUUCGUUCAAUUGUAUUAAAAAAUAAUACUUUAUUACCAGCACAAUGGAAGCUGUCUGGAAUUGAAGCAUUAGGUGAUGAAUUCUCAAUUUCACAAGAUGCUGGUAUUGUUGAACCAAAAUCUGAAUGUAUUGUCUAUGCUUAUUUUCGUGCUAUGAAACCAGUGAAAUCAAAUCAGAAGAAAAAUUUACGCUUAGAAGUUUAUGAUUUAGAAAAUAUUGCUGGUUUAAUACAAGUGGAGACAAUACAAGUGAUUGCUGAAGCCUAUGACGUGGCUUUAGAUAUCAACUUUCCUAAAGGUAGUGAUGGUGGGAUUGAUUUUGGUUUAAUCAAAGUUGGUGAAGAAGUGAAACAUGCAAUCACAUUAAAAAAUAAAGGGCCUUACGAAAUUAUAGUCAAUUUCAUAUUUUCCAAAAAUGCUGCAAUGAAAAUGAACUACACUGAAGUGUUUACUAUGUCACCACAACGUAUCAGUCUAUCACCUACAGAUAAAUCUGCUCAAAUCAAUCUAACCUGUUGUGCACAAACAGAAUGUAUUUUAAAAGAAGUUGAAUUAAUUAAAUGUCAAAUUGUUGAACCAAAUGCUAAAGGAACUCCACAAUUAAUUGCAUCCAUCCCAAUUAAAGUAUCUGUGAGAGCUGUAUUCAGCAAAUUUACAAUUUCUCCAGCUAAAGAUAUAAAUUUUGGAUCAUUAAUAUUGAAUAAUUAUAAGUCUCGUCAGUUGAUUAUUGAAAAUAAUGGAGAUUAUGAAUUUCGUUUUUCAAUAAUACGUAUGAGUAGAAUGUUUGAGUUAAUGACAGCACGUGAAGCGCAUAUGAAUAAAGAAAUUGUAGGAGCAGGAAAGCAUAAAAUGUCAGAUCCAACAAUGCUGAGCAGUCCACAAGCACGAUUACAACAAGGUUUCUUUACAUUAGCUCCUGCAAGUGGUCUUAUCCCACCGGGGAAUGCACAAAUCAUCACAGUUGAUUGUAUGGCUAAUUCACAGGAUCUUUGUGAAGAAGAAUUAACAAUUGAAAUAACUGAUCGUGAUAUGAAUGCUUAUCCUCAUGGGAUACCUUAUCGUCUGAUAGCUGAAGGUCAUCUACCAUCGAUUGAAACCGAUAAUUAUUCACUUAUCUUUGAAGAACAUCAUGUCUGUAAAAAUUUGACAAUUUUAGACUUACCUGAUUUCUCAGAUAAGAUUUCAUCCAGUGGUAUUUAUGGAAUUGAAGAAAAUCGUUUUGUUUAUAGAAAUGUGCUAGUUGGUUCACGAGUUGGUGCACGUUUUCGAAUUUUCAACCAAAGUAAUGUACCAGCUGAUGUAACCUUUGAAAUCUCCUAUACUGGUGUAAUGAAUUCUAACCAGCCAAGUGGACGUUCAAGUAGCCGUGGUAGUCAAACAACAAGUUAUGAAGCAUUUGAAGUAAUACCAGAUAAAGUACGAAUUGAGCCACAUUCAUCUAUUUAUGCAAAUGUUAUAUUUGCUCCUACAGCUAUGCAGACGUAUACAGCAAAUUUUCACGCCUACCUUGAGAAUAAAUCACCUACAAAUCCAACUGUGAAUUCAGGUCGUGGUAGUGCUACUUCGAGUAGUAAACGUUCAACAAACACUCCAGUGCUUACAUUUGAAUUAUAUGGUCAAGGAAAUUUACCACAGAUAAGUAUAUUACAACCAAAGUUAAGAAAUCGUGCAGGACAAGCAAUGUGUAUAUUUAAACGUAUGCAAGUUGGUAGAACAUCUACACAAACACUAACACUACAUAAUAAUGGAAUAUUAAACAGUCGAGUGAACAUUGAUCUUGUUGAUCCAGAUGGUGUGUUUUCCUUGAAACCUCAGUUGCAUAAUGAUGCUCUGUUGUUUUACAAUCCAAUAAUUAAGGCAAAUGAAUAUAAUGGAGGCUGUGAAGAAUCUAAUCUGACUGGAAAUGAUGAAUUGUCAGUAUCAAAACAAUCCCAUCUAAUUGGUUUAUUACUCAGACCAGAUAAUCAAUUCAGUAUUACCAUCCACUAUAUGCCAAAUAAACGUAAUAUAAAAAAUUUUGGACAAGUUCAUUUAUCCCUUGUAAAUAACGAAUAUGAAGAUACAUUGGUUGAAUUAAUCGGUGAAGCAUUGAAUGAUGAAGUAUGCCUUGAAGAUGUACCACAAUUAGAUUAUGAAAAGCAUGUUUGUAUACAAAAUGCAUUGAGACGGGUAAUUUCUGCAUCGAAACCUGCGCCAUCAUCACAAUCAAACCUUGAUGAUUUAGAUAGUGAUCCUGGACAAGAUGAAACUCAGACUGCAUUGGCUUUACGGCACAAUCAUUUAGAUUUUGGAGAUUGUGGUCCAAAUGAAGCUAUAACACGAACAAUAACACUUACACAUUGCGGUAAAGUGAAAGAUACAGAACCGACAAGUUUUCGUUUUACCUGGCCAACUAAUAAUCCAGUUCUACAAUUUAAACCAUCUGAAGGUCAUCUGCACGUGAAUCAAUCACGUAGAAUUGAGGUGACUUUUAAACCAUCGGGUACACCAAUUACAUUAAAAUCUCAAUCGGUCAAAUGUUCUCUACAUCGUAUUAUCGUGUCUGUGCCAGAGGGUUGUUCAAAACCAGUCGACUGGGAUGAUACGAAACAAGUGAUACGUUGGCUUGAUCUACCUGGAGAGAGAGGUAACGGUGUCGAUUCUACAAGUCGUUCAGCUGCAACGACGACAACAACAGCGACAACAAAUUCAAAUAAAGUAAUCAAUCAACAGGCAACAGCAGCAGCCGCAACAACAGCCGCUAGUCCACAUGGUUCACAAGAAUUACUCGCUCAAUUCAAUUUAAAUUAUGGCUCAGCUAAUGAAGUAAUUCGUCGUAAACAUAAAGUAAUCGAGAUUGAAGCUGAACCAAACUACGAAGAGAUAUUAGAUCAACCAGAUCCUAAACCACUGGAAUUAUUCAUCUCAGGAGUAGCUGAUUUCACUCAACACAAAUGUGAUGUCAGCAGAAUUGACUUUAAAGAUACGCAUAUCUUUGAAAAACGAAUUUACAGGUUUGAGUUUAUCAAUUCAGGAUUGAUAACACUUCAUUUCAAUUGGUCCAUUCAAAUGACAAGUUCAACACCUGACGAAAAUAGUAAUAAUAAUAAUAAUAACACUAGUAAUGAAGGCUGUAACGAACAUUGGGAUAUUUCAUUGGUUCCAUUUACAGUUGAUCCGAUUCAGGGUGAUAUACUACCUGGAAAAUCAAAAUUUAUUCAGGUUACAUUUAGUCCACUUUUACUUGGUGAAUUUGAAGCACAACUUACUGGUAGAAUCGAUAACCUGCUUCAACAAUCAACUACGUCAAAUCGUAAUCGACCAAUUCUUAGUCAACCAGUGAUUACAAUAACAGGGAAAUCAGAAAAUUCUAUUCUACACUUUGAUUUAUAUGAUUCAGAUUAUUUAUCUGGUGGCCGAAGAAAUCCUGAAUUACAAGAGUUAACUGGAACACCACUUGGAGCCAGUUUAGAUCCAUCUACAAGAGUUAUCGAAUACAGCAUAGUUGGUUUAGGUGUGAGAAAAACUAGAUAUUUUUCUGUUAUAAAUACAACAAAAGAGAAUUUUGAAUUUACAAUUGAAAAUGCUGACUCAAUUAGCAUGAAAGAGCCACAAUCAGUAAAAUGUCUAGUAGAUAAAGGUACAAUUGAAGCUGGUAAAAAAAUUAAUAUUGGAUUCGAGUUUAUCGCUUAUCAACUUGGCUUAAUUGAAUCAUUUUGGCGUUUUAAUGUGGAAAAGUUUGGUUAUAGUGUACCAAUGUUGAUUGUAGGCGAAACAAGAGAGCCAAAUAUUAUGUUUGAUCAAUCCCAUAUCAACUUCAAUGCUGUUCUUAUUGGUCAUAAAGUUAGCAAAAAUGUCCUGCUAAUUAAUCAAGAAGUUCCACCACCAUCAUCAUCAUUAUCAACAUCAGAUUAUGCUAUCAUGAAUGUGGAAGAGCAUUCUUCAGAUAUCCUAGAAUUCGAAUUUCUAAAAUCUAGUCUGUACAGUGCUGGAAAACAAGAUUCAGUUACCGUGGAACCAAUGUCUGGUCACAUUUCACCUGGUGAAAAAUUACCAAUUCAAAUCACAUUUCAAGCACUUGGUGAACGUGAAGUCAAUAUCAAUUUACAAUGUCGAAUUAAACAUCGAAAUUUACCACUCACAUUAAAUAUAAAAGCACAAGGUUAUACAAUUCACUCAUCCAUAUGGAUAGAUUACAGUACAAAUGAUUCGAUAACAAAUCUACCCACAACAAUAGAACAAGUUGAAAUUCAACCGUUAUGGUCACCAUGUCUAGGUGUUGAUAUAACAGAUCUUAUGAACACCUGCCUAGAUCGUAUUAAAAGAGAUAGGCAUAUAGGCAGUAAAUUAGCUGAAUUAAAAUUCGGUGAAUUAAUACCCGGAGAAUGUAUCACUCGAAAGUUAACAAUCCAUAAUAGUGGAAAGUUUAAAAUAGACUUUUUAUGUCAAUUUAUGCCGAUCCCUGUGGAUUCUGAUAAUAAAGGUGAAAUAACCAGUAGCAACAAAAAGAUGAAUCUAAUCAAUAGCAUGAUCAAUGGUCUAAGUACCGACAAUGGCUUUCAGUCACCAUCACUGAAAAUCACACCGAAUUCAGGCUCGUUACCACCCAAUGGAAAAUUUACAUGCACUAUCAUGUUUCAACCUCCAAAACGAUUAAGUCUGUUAGGCAUACAACGCUUAAAACUGAACAAUCUACUCGGUCUAUGCUUAGUUGUACGUGAUGGUCCAGUGUAUGGGAUAAAAUUAUCUGGUUCAACUAAACGACAAACUGUUCAAUUUUCAACAACCUGUAUUAAUUUCGGUUCACAGUUGUUAAUGCAACCGGGUCUUAAGCCUUCAACACGUUAUUUAUACAUUGGUAAUUCAGAUACGAAUCAAGAAAUGAGUAUUGAAUGUAUAUCACAAUCGUCGAAGAUAUUCACCUAUACACUGGCGCCAACAAUUCUACCUAAGAAACAACAAGAAGACACAAAUGAACAAAGUCGAAGUGUUCUAUGCAUGCCAAUAGAAUUUUAUCCAUAUGAGGAUAAAUUAUACACAGAAACAAUGAUAUUUGAAAUUAAUGGCUGUAGUCAAUAUUCAAUAGAAUUAUCAGGUAAAGGAUGUAAAUUGAACAUUGAACCAAUUGUUCAUCCAUUGUUGUUAAUUAAUAAAAACAAAAAUGGAAUCCUAAAGAUUACUCAAAUAAGUGAAUCAGAUCAUUUAACUGAUAAUAAAAGGUGUGUUAAUCUGGGUCAUUUAAAAAGUGGUCAAAUGUCAAGAAGAUAUAUAAGUUUAGUUAAUAAAAGUAACGCAUCAGUCUGCAUACAUAAAAUACAUUUGAAUCAACCUACAGUGGUUGUUACUGGUAACAACGAUGAAAAGAAAUCGAUAAAUAUUCAGCUGUGUAAUUCAAUACCAGUAGAACGACAGUGUAGUUACACUGGACCAAUUACAGAAGUUGCUACUCCCUUGAUUAUUCCACCGAAUGGAGGCGAGAUUAUGGCAAUGCUGAGUCUGACAUCAGAUAAACGAAUACCUGAAUUCAAUGAAGAGGUUCUAUGUGAGAUAUCACGAGUUGAUCAAGAUAAUGCUGUUGUGUUACCUAAAACGGAAAUGCUUACCACAAUGAGUGAAGCCAGUGUAGGCGCAGAAACAAAUACGAAUAUGUUUUUAUCUAUAUUUUCUGUACAUGGGGCUGUAAAUACCUAUGACAUUGACUUUAAUAUUGAUUCAAUCAGUUUUGGUUCUGUUGUCCGUGGAAGUCAGUUGGCCAAGCGAAUAGUGUUAAUUAAUUCUGGUGACUACGGCGCGAAAUUUGAAUGGGACAAAUCAACAUUUACAUCAGAUUUACUCAUUGAACCAAUGAACGGAUUCAUUGGUCCUGGACUGGAAGUCCCAUUCACUUUAACAUUGAAACCGAACAAAUUGACACGUGAGAUACGAAUGGAAAAUGUAACAUGCAGAAUUCAAGGAGCUGGACAAAAGACAAUUACUAUCACAGGAGCUUGUGUACCACCAACUAUUAUCAAAGAAGCACAACAAUUCACAACAACAGUUAGACAAUCCGAUACUAAGAAAUUACAAAUUGCAAAUCGUUCAAACACCGAUUGGCAAAUUAAGCCAGUCAUCAGUGGCGAACAAUGGUCUGGCUCAAAGAUAUUUGAAAUACCAGCACAACAAACUGGAGUUUAUGAACUGAAUUAUAAACCAGUUACUAUGACAACAGAUGGUGCAAAACAUAAGGGUACAAUAUUCUUCCCAUUACCUGAUGGUACAGGAUUAUUAUACAAUUUGUUAGGUAUAUCUGAAUCACCAAAAUCAAUGAUGAGAAUUAAUCGUGAAAUUGAAUGUAAAAAAUUACAUACAGAAAUUGUACAAAUACCAAAUUGGUUAAAUAAUCUGCAAAGAUUUCGUGUCACUAAAGAAAUUCUACGUCCAGAUAAAUCAGAUUCAAGUACAACUAUUCAAGGAUUAAACUAUAUAGAUGUACCAGCGGAUUCUAGCAAAGAAUAUAAGCUGAGUAUAUUUACAUAUCGAGAAGGUCUUACACUUGUCAAGGUGACAUUCACCAACGAUACUACAGGGGAAUAUCAAUUCUUUGAGAUUAACUUCAAAUCAGUGAGAAGUAGAAGUCUAGAUAUAAUUAAAAUGCAAACGCCAGUACGUAAACCUACCAUAUAUACGCUGACAUUGGAAAAUCCUUUACCAAUACCUGUUAACUUUCAGUUGAACACAAAUAUCCCUGAAGUUCAAUGUCCAAGUCAACUACAAAUUCCUGCAAAUUGUGAAGGGAAUGUUACACUGGAAUAUUUACCCAUAAAAGUUGGUCAAAGCACUGGGAAAUUUGAAGCAACUUGCAACGAGUUAGGCUUAUUCAGUUAUGAAUUAGACUUGCAAGCUACACCAUCAGGAUUUGAAUCUACACUACACUUUCGAACAAAUAUUGGACAACGACAUUGUCAAAUGGUGAAGUUUACAAAUAUGACAAAGAAUAAAACUGAAUUCAUUGCGAAUAUUGAUCAUUGUGACUUCCACUGUGAAAAACAAGUCAGUGUAGCGGCUGGAGUUGAUGCCACCCUUGAGGUUAUUUUUGAACCAACCAGUAUAGGCAGUGGAGUGGCUACACUGACAAUUACAAGUACACAUGCUGGUGAAUACAAUUUCCUGCUUAAAGGUACAGCGCUGCCACCACAACCUCAAGGUCCUAUCAUGAUAAAAGCUGGUGAAACAAAACACAUCGUCUUUCGCAAUGUCUUUCCUACACCAAUUCUCUACUCAUUUCAGGUUGAUAAUACCGUGUUCAACCUGCCGAAACAAAGUGAAAUUAUUCGACCAAAUAAAGAAUUUCGAAUACCAAUCGGUCUUGAUGAUAAUGUGACCAGAUCACCAGUGACAGGUAAACUAGUUGUAACUGCAGUACGUGCUCAAUCGAGUGCACGAAUAACUCGGAAAGGGCAAACAACAGGUACAGCUGUAGAUGGCGCUUAUUCCUCUUCUCCAUCGUCCACAUCAUCACCACAACAGCAGCAACAAACGGCAUCAUCACCAGACAUAAGAUCUACAGAAAAGGGUGAAGGAUUUCAAUGGGUGUAUUACCUUCGUGGUGUUAUGUCAUGAAGAAAUUUCAAAUAGAUACGAAUGGAAUCAUUUUCAAUUUGAAUCAUUGAUAUUUAUAAUUUCUGAUUUGUAAUAAAACGUGGAGUCUGUUUACAAUGAUUUAUUAUCUU